GUGGGAGGCACAUUUUUCUCUGAAAAGCAAUUUGAAUGAGGAAGAGAUUUGUCAGUUGGAAAAGAGAAGAAGUCACUGCAGGGUAGUGAGGAAAAGGUUUGCUGAAAUUGGAGAUCAAAUACCAGCUCUGCCAGUAAGAAGUUGCAUCUCCCGGUGAAAUGCUGCUGCUGCCAUUUCAACUGUUAGCUUUUCUCUUUCCCGGUGGUGACAGUGAACAAGCCUUCCAGGGGCCGACCUCCUUUCAUGUCAUCCAGACCUCGUCCUUUACCAACAGUACCUGGGCACAAACUCAAGGCUCAGGCUGGUUGGAUGAUUUGCAGAUUCACGGCUGGGAUAGUGACUCAGGCACUGCCAUACUCCUGAAGCCUUGGUCUAAAGGUAACUUAAGUGAUAAGGAGUUUGCUGAGUUAAACGAUAUAUUCCGAGUCUACAUCUUUGGAUUCGCUCAAGAAGUACAAGACUUUGCCGGUGAUUUCCAGAUGAAAUACCCCUUUGAGAUCCAGGGCAUAGCAGGCUGUGAGCUACAUUCUGGAGGUGCCAUAGUAAGCUUCCUGAGGGGAGCUCUAGGAGGACUGGAUUUCCUGAGUGUCAAGAAUGCUUCAUGUGUGCCUUCCCCAGAAGGUGGCAGCAGGGCACAGAAGUUCUGUACACUAAUCAUGCAAUAUCAAGUGAAGCCUGAGGCCUGGCUGUCCAGUGGCCCCAGUCCUGGACCUGGCCGUCUGCAGCUUGUGUGCCAUGUCUCAGGAUUCUACCCAAAGCCUGUGUGGGUGAUGUGGAUGCAGGAUGAGCAGGAGCAGCGGGGCACUCAGCUAGGGGACAUCCUGCCCAAUGCUAACUGGACAUGGUAUCUCCGAGCAACCCUGGAUGUGGCAGCUGGAGAGGCAGCUGGCCUAUCCUGCCGAGUGAAGCACAGCAGUUUAGAGGGCCAGGACAUCGUCCUCUACUGGAGAAACCCCAUCUCCACUGGCUCGAUUGUUUUGGCAAUAAUGGUGCCUUCCUUGCUCCUUUUGCUAUGCCUUGCAUUAUGGUAUAUGAGGCGCCGGUCAUAUCAGAAUAUCCCAUGAGCCCUCAUCAUGUCUGCUCCCCCAUUCGCAAUAAGUACCAAGAAGCCCAAGUUAUCCACCCAAAAGUCAAUCUUACCAUAUUUCAAAUGAUUAUCAAAUUUGAUGAAAUCAAAGUUUUCAUGUAUUUUAAAAUAAAUUAAAUUUAAACAUCAGCAAAAAAGUACUUAAAACUGUAAAUUUAUAAUGAGACUGUAUAUGAUUCACCCAGAUUUUACACACAUUAAAAUGUUAGAAAGAAUGUGUCUUAGAAUAAAUGCAAUAUAAUACAUAUGACUUAAUGGUGACUCCCUUUGGCUUCCUAUUUUAAAACUUUUCUUUUUCUGCUUCUGGUUAAAUAUCAUCUGUCAAAGUGAACGAAAUAUAAUUAUACCAGGAUCACUGUAUUUGC